AUGCGGGGCGCUCUGACGUCCCUGUCUUCGCUGCCGCCGCCACCUCUGCUGCUGCUGGUGCUGGUGCUGGGGUGCGGGCUGAGGGCGGCCGCCAGCGGUGGAGCCGCCGGGGCAGCGGGCUACCCGCCGGUGCAGUACGUGCAGCCCAUGCACAAAGGACCCGUGGGGCCGCCCUUCCGCGAGGGCAAGGGCCAAUACCUGGAAAUGCCUCUACCGCUGUUGCCAAUGGACCUGAAAGGAGAGCCUGGUCCGCCUGGAAAACCCGGGCCGCGGGGUCCCCCUGGCCCUCCUGGCUUCCCAGGAAAACCAGGCACUGGAAAACCAGGGCUACAUGGGCAGCCUGGACCCGCUGGCCCCCCUGGCUUCUCCCGGAUGGGCAAGGCUGGUCCCCCAGGGAUUCCAGGCAAGGUUGGCCCACCAGGGCAGCCGGGGCUUCGGGGGGAGCCAGGGAUACGAGGGGACCAGGGCCUCCGGGGUCCCCCAGGGCCCCCUGGCCUACCUGGGCCCUCAGGCAUUGCUGUCCCUGGAAAACCAGGCCCCCAGGGGGUGCCAGGGCCCCCAGGAUUUGGGGGGGAGCCAGGGCCCCAGGGAGAGCCUGGGCCCCCGGGUGAUCGAGGCCUCAAGGGCGAAAAUGGAGUGGGCCAACCAGGGCUUCCUGGAGCCCCAGGCCAGGGGGGUGCCCCCGGACCCCCUGGUCUCCCUGGUCCAGCUGGCUUGGGCAAACCAGGUUUGGAUGGGUUUCCUGGGGCCCCUGGAGAUAAGGGUGCGUCUGGGCCUCCUGGGCUACCAGGACCCAGGGGGGAGCCAGGAGCUUUGGGCCCCAAAGGGCCCCCUGGGCUGGAUGGUAUGGGGGUACCAGGGCCAGCAGGGGUGCCAGGGCCACAGGGCCCACCAGGGGCCAAAGGGGAGCCAGGCACCCGGGGCCUUCCUGGCCUGAUAGGCCCCACUGGCUAUGGGAUGCCAGGGCUGCCAGGUCCCAAGGGGGACAGGGGCCCAGCUGGGGUCCCGGGGCUCUUGGGGGACAGGGGCGAGCCAGGUGAGGAUGGGGAGCCGGGGGAACAGGGACCACAGGGACUUGGGGGCCCCCCUGGACUUCCGGGGUCUGCAGGGCUACCUGGCCGACGUGGGCCCCUGGGGCCUAAGGGAGAGACGGGGCCUGGUGGACCCCCAGGAGUGCCUGGCAUUCGGGGUGACCAGGGGCCUAGUGGCCUGGCUGGGAAACCUGGGCUCCCAGGAGAGAGGGGGCUUCCAGGGGCUCAUGGACCUCCUGGACCGACUGGGCCCAAAGGCGAGCCAGGUUUCACGGGCCGCCCUGGAGGACCAGGGGUGGCAGGAGCCCUGGGGCAGAAGGGUGACUUGGGGCUCCCUGGGCAGCCUGGCCUGAGGGGCCCUUCUGGAAUCCCAGGACUCCAGGGGCCGGCUGGCCCUAUCGGGCCGCAGGGUCUGCCAGGCCUGAAGGGUGAACCAGGCCUGCCGGGGCCCCCUGGAGAGGGGAAAGUGGGGGAACCUGGCAUGGCUGGGCCUACAGGGCCACCUGGGGUUCCAGGUUCCCCAGGACUCACGGGCCCUCCUGGGCCUCCCGGACCUCCCGGGCCCCCUGGUGCCCCUGGGGCCUUCGAUGAGACUGGCAUCGCCGGCCUGCACCUGCCCAAUGGCGGCGUGCAGGGAGCUGUGCUGGGCAAGGGGACCAAGCCCCGGUUUGGGCUGGGCGAGCUGUCGGCCCACGCCACGCCCGCCUUCACCGCUGUGCUCACCUCGCCCUUCCCUGCCUCAGGCAUGCCUGUGAAGUUUGACCGGACCCUCUACAAUGGCCACAGUGGCUACAACCCGGCCACCGGCAUCUUCACCUGCCCCGUGGGCGGGGUCUACUACUUUGCUUACCACGUGCACGUCAAGGGCACCAACGUGUGGGUGGCCCUGUACAAGAACAACGUGCCAGCCACCUACACCUAUGACGAGUACAAGAAGGGCUACCUGGACCAGGCGUCUGGGGGGGCCGUGCUCCAGCUGCGGCCAAACGACCAGGUCUGGGUGCAGAUGCCCUCGGACCAGGCCAAUGGCCUCUAUUCCACCGAGUACAUCCACUCCUCCUUUUCAGGAUUCUUGCUGUGCCCCACAUAACCCAUGCUGCCCCGGCCUCCUCCUCUUUAGCGGCAGAGAGACCUUCUCACUUACAAAGAACCUCCAUUUAAAGAAAAAACCAAAGGCCGAACAGAGGCAGGAACAGAGGCGGCCGUGGCCUCGGCCUGAGGAGACUGACUGGGUUUCUCCCGCCGCGCAGGCUGAGGUUGUUUCUGGAAGAAGGUGGCCUGCGUUCCUCUCCCCCGAGUGUCUGUGCAGCGUCGGGGUUGUGCCCCCUCUCCUGCCCUGCCUGGCCUGCAGGCAGGGCCCCAGGACACUCUGCCCAGCUGGUGGAGACCCCUGGCCCCUGUGAGUGCUGGGCUCUGCUGGGCGGCAAAGGAUGCUGCUGCUCUGUGAGUCAGAGCUGAGAGGGGACUGAAUUCCCCCACCCAUUCCCCCGGGCAGACAUCUUCACAGCCCUGCCCUUCCGGCCUGCCCGCAGACGGCCCCUGCUCAAGGAAUGGGGAAGGGCCUCCCUCAGUUCUUGGCUGGGGCUCUUCCGGCUGCCCCGGGCGGGACCUCCAGCAUAAGACGGUGGGUCCCCUGAAGAGUUUUUGUUUCUCUCCAGGGGAAGGGAGAGGAGGGGGACCGUCGAGGUAGCCAGUGGACACCCCGUCAGGACUGCCACCCUAGCGGUGGGGCGGUGGCAUCAGGCCUGUCCCUGGCAGGUGCAGGCGUGUGGCCCCUCCUUCAGGCUCUCAGGAAGUGCCGACCCCCCUUCACUGCUCAGGCUGCAGCCAUGGGGAACGGUGGUUUGUGAGGGGUAGGGGCAUGGGUCUGGGGCAGGAUGGCAGCUCUUCACGUUCAUCUCCAUCCCCCAGGCUGCCCCCACCAGCUCUGGCUCUGUCCAUCAUGAGGCCAGCCACCCAGGCCCCUAGGGACCGCCGCAGGCGGGCACGAGGCAGGAUGGGCAAUCAGCAAACAUGAGUAGUCCUCCCUUUCUCUCCUUUCAACUGCUGGGGGAGGGCUGAUUUUCUCAGACAAAAUUGUAAGGGAUCCUUGCCACCCCCAACCCCAGUAUCCCCAAGGCAGAGAGCUUCUUGUUUACCCUCAGAACAAGGUGCACACAAGCUUGGGGAUGAAGGCCACCGCCUGCUUUUUCUUAAUAAGAGCCAUAUGAUGGGUGUGUGUUGACUACAGGGGUUAAU